UGCUUUAGAUCUUAAAUAUGUAUAUUUUAUGCCGAUAAAUUAACGACUUUACUCCAGCUCAGACUUAAACCUUAAAUUCCUGCAGGAUUCGCACAACCGGCAAGGUAACAUCUGCAGAGAGAUUUAACAGUGAGAGAGAUUUUUCGCGAGCAGAGAGAAAUUGGCAGCAUGAGCUUUCGCCCGAAAAUCUAUUUAAGCCACACGCAACGUUAAAGUUUUAAAAUCCUUUUCGACCGCGCCGCAGCAUCCGUUUGCAAUUAGAAAAACAGUUUAAAUUAAAAUCAUUAAAAAACGUGUCGAUGGUUUCUGGUGAAAAACGAUUUAUAAUUUUUACCUAGAAUAUCCUUCACAACCCUGCCAGCAGCCGAGUGUUUUGUGCGCCGGAGCAAAGCUUCCUUGAACCGUCGCGUCGAGUCGAGAGCAUUACGGAUGCGAAUCCGAGUGGCGACAAAAGUGGGCACCCAGCGGAGCCAAAUUACGGUAGUGAAAAAAUUGUGGGGUGCCGCUGAAUUUUGUGCAAUUAUAGUUGACGAAUCAAAGGAUCUGUUGUGCGGCUACUGAAAAUUGAGACCCAUCCAGUUUCGUCCUGUUCAGCGGAAACGAUGUGUAUGUGUGUGGGCUUUACAUAAUGUAACAAUUCAAAUGUGAGGAAUCUUGCUCUCCAUCGUCCUUUUUUUCGCGAAGGAUAAGGCAGCUUGGCGGUGGGGCGGGGGGGAUUCUCUUGAUAGUGUCACUGUCAUUGCCAGUGCAUGGGAAUUGUGGAGGAAUCUGGAGAGGAUGGGCAAAGGGCAAAGGAAAGCUGCGCGAAAUAGCACAACAAACAAGAAGCACGGGCAAGGAAACUAACAAAAAAGUUAACUAAGGGCGGGCAUCCUUUUCGUGCGAGUGUGUGUGCUUGUGUGUGUGAGGGGAAAGGAAAACCAACCCCCACAAUCCGCACCGAAGGACCAACAAAUUAAAAAAAAAGCCUGUGUCUGCUCCGCUUUUUGUAUGUGUGCGUGUGAGUGUGUGCGUACACUUCAACGCGCUUUGAACCUCUCUCACACAUAAGCAGAGAUAUAGACACUCACACACUUGAAUAAUUCAGGACACUGCAUUGUUCAUCAAUAAAUUGCCAUUAGAUGGCCAAACACACACAAGAAGAGCUUUCAUUUUUCACCGUCUCAUUAUCCCGCGUGAUAACUGAAUUAUUCAGCUAUUACUGCUGAGAUUUUGCAGCUUCACACGUUGCCGAAAUGCCAGUUUCGCCAGUGUGUCCACAAAUCCUUACGCUCAUUGGCGAAGGACACAUGCAAAUGAAAAAUUCAUUUGCAUGUUUGUGUGGUGUGCGAGUGUGUGAGUAAGGUGAGAUGAAGUGUACACACAGCGGCGGUGAAAAUAAUAGCACAAAAAUGCAAUUAGCAUCAGAAAAUUUAAGGGGUUUUAAAUUACCUAUUAGGACAUGCAACGAUGUAUUUUGAAUCUAUUAGUCCGGAUGUUAAUUUAUUGCAGAAUAUUUUCACAGUUCUGUUGAACUGAUUGCACAUCAUUAAAGAUUUAUUUUACGUAUUUUUGAAAUCUCAGUUGCAUCUAAGAAAGGUUCCUCCGAUCGCAAUUUCGAAAUAGAAAAGUAAUAACCUUUUUUUCUAAGAAACUUUUAAAAUUGGCCAUGAUUUUAAAAAUCAAUAUAAAAACAAAUAAAUUACAAAAAAUUUAAAUGCCUUUUAGUUUGCUUUAAUUCGCAUUCACAUCUAUCCGAAUUUCGGUUAUUAUCUAAAACAAUAUUUAUUCACGUAUGACCAAGUUUUUACAUUUUUUGAAACUAAAACAAGUAGUAUUUCCUAUUUAUUUGUAAAAUCAAAGUAAUAUUGAUAUUUCAUUUAUAUAAAAUAAUGUUUAUAUUUUCAUAAGUCCUAUGAUUUCAACCACAACUUUUUGCAUAAGUUAAUGUGAGUGAGUGCGUAGUGGGGCCUGGUAUUGAUGAUGACAGAUUAGUUGCAGGCGUUAUUUUUAGCCCGGCCAUAAAACCUAAUUCAAGCCAUUCCACGCAGGAAGGACACGGCGGCAGAAACUACAGCGCGAUGGCGCCCGUCACCCGCAGCAGCAGUGGCACAAUAAUCAUCCUUGAGAGCACCGCCGCCCGAUGAAGGAUUGCAGCAUGGCCCGCACAUGCACAUGCACAUGCACAUUCUCGUUUACGUUCACAGGCACUGGCAGCAUAAAUAACGCAAGGACAUGGACGGCGCAACGAACGCGACGAGGACAAAGGCCCACGGCCUGUGACAGAAAUAAACGCCACCACCUUCUCGCCAAAAGCUAACCGACUAAAACGUAGACCCGAGAGUCCCCUUCCACCAUCCAAAACACACCCCGAGUGAUAUUAUUUUUAAUGCAAUCAAAGUGCUAAGUGAGUUUGCCAAAAAAGCAGAGAGACUACUAAACUAGAGCAAAGCGAGAGUGAGAUUCCUCGUUGUCCUCGUCGUCGUCGUCAGGUCUUAACCCAAUUUGGGAAGUUUGUUCUUUGUGAGCGACUCGCAGACCCAGACCACAGAAAGGACGAGCAGGACGAAGCAGAAUAACCCAUAUGGACGGCGGCAGGUGCAGCCCGGUUAGCCAGGUGAGCAGCCAGGAAAAGCCCUGCAAACUGUACCGCAAAAGGAGGCGACGCCACUGAACCAACGAUCAACCACCCAAUACUCGCCUAAAUGAAGAAUGAAGAAACAAAAUGUGCGCACGAUAUCCUUGAUCGUGUGUACAUUUACCUACUUGCUUGUCGGCGCCGCCGUCUUUGACGCCCUCGAAUCGGAAACGGAAAAGCGUCGUUGGGAGGCGCUGCAAGAUGCCGAGGACAUGAUAAUACGCAAAUACAAUAUAUCGCAGGAGGACUUCAAAGUCAUGGAGACUGUGGUGCUCAAAUCGGAAUCGCACAAGGCCGGCCAGCAGUGGAAAUUCACCGGUGCAUUUUAUUAUGCAACCACGGUGCUAACCACCAUAGGCUACGGACAUUCAACGCCCAGCACGGUGGGCGGAAAGCUCUUCACUAUGUGCUACGCGAUUGUGGGGAUUCCCCUGGGCCUCGUUAUGUUCCAGAGCAUCGGAGAAAGAGUGAAUAGACUGAGCAGCUAUGUUAUCAAAGCGGUCCGCUCCUCGCUGCGCUGCAAAAGGACUGUCGCCUCGGAAGUGGACCUUAUAUGUGUUGUGACCACACUCAGUUCGCUGACGAUAGCCGGCGGUGCUGCGGCCUUUUCGAAAUUUGAGGGCUGGAGCUACUUCGAUUCAGUAUAUUACUGUUUUAUUACUUUAACCACAAUAGGCUUUGGCGACAUGGUAGCCCUGCAGCGGGACAAUGCACUGAACAGGAAGCCCGAAUACGUGAUGUUCGCACUGAUAUUUAUACUAUUCGGCCUGGCCAUCGUGGCCGCCUCGCUGAACUUGUUAGUACUUAGGUUUGUUACAAUGAAUACCGAGGAUGAGCGACGCGACGAGGCCCAGGCCAUGCAGGCGCUGCAAGUGGCUGUGAAGCUGGAGGGCGAUGUGAUAACAUCCAAUGGAUCCAUUCUCAGCGGCUACGAGGGACACGAUGGCCAAUCCCUGAACGGCAGCACCAACUCGUCCAUGUGCUCGUGCCACUGCAUGUGUCUCAACCGACAUAAAAAAAACCAAUACAAAUUGAGGCGAUCGCCUACUCACAUCCGACACCUGCUGCCGGAGGUGGUGCCCAUGCAGGAUUUGAACUACGACUACGACACCCAGAGCCUGCACACUUUGGCCGAUCGCGGGACCAUGGAUAGCAGUUACAUGGGAGUGGACAUGGUGGACAUGGGGGAUACGGCGAGCAUCGAACUAAGGCCGCACGCAUUGCUGAAGCGCAAUGUCUCACUGCUAUCCAUUCGCAUCUAGGCAUUAGGGAGGCUAUAUAAUAUGUUGGUGGAGGUGUGGCGGGUUGCAGGAACAACGAAGUGGCAGAACCGCCCUCGCCAAAAACGACUUACAAAUCGAAAGUGAUAACAAGGCUCUAAAUAGUACUUAAAUACUUAUGUAGAUUCGCAACUGACACGUAGGACACGAUUGAGUUGGGCGUUUGGAUAGUGUGCCAUUUAUGUAGGCUCCCCGAUAUGCUAUGUGUGUGCAUUUACAAUGUGAACUAGUGCAUAAUUCUAUACAACAUGUAGUGGGCAUGGUAGAGACUUAUCCUAUAUGUUUACAUAUACAACACUUACAACUAGGGCACUAUACAAUUGAAUGUAAACCACUGCCAUUUCCGAGCGAUAGAACCUAGAAGCGAUGCGAAUGAUUAUGGAACGGCAAACACUCACUUGUAGUCUUUCUAUUUUAACACUAACAAUCCAGUCAUCUGUAGCCGUAAAUAUACCGAAUCCGAUAACCUCGAGCUAGAA